AUGAAGAUUUCCAACUCUGCAGCUCUCGUUUUGGCUUCUUCGGCCAGCCUUGCCAGCCAUUGUGCCUUUGCAUUCACUGCCAAUAAGAAUGCAAUUCAUCCAACUCUUCCAACUCUUCCAACUUCGUCGUCAGCGCUGCAAAUGGCCAAAGAAGCCGGCGCCAUUGACGAUGGAAAAGCCAAGAUUGACGACCUGCAAUUGAAGCGCAUGAAUUAUCAAUUCAAUCGCGGCGUGGGUGGCACGAGUGACAGCAACACGCCGCACGUGAAUCCCCUGUCGGACAUUCAAUCCUACGUCCCCGUGGCCGGGCCUGUCUUGACGCGCAAAAACAUUCAAGAUUCCACCUGCAUUGUCAGUGGCAGUCGCGUCACUCCCGAACUCUUUUACUUAUUGAAUCACGAAGACUCGGCCUUUGGAUUCAACAAGAUUGUCUCGCUCAGUCAAGAUGUCUCCAAAACCAAGAAGCGAUUGUUGACUAGGACUGCCCGAUACACUGGAUUGCUAUCCAAAUUGGCCUACGAGGAAGGCACUGUGGUUCCUCCUUCUUCCGUUUUGGAAGAAGCUACCAAUUGGAUUGCCCUCGUAGAUACUCCUGACGAACUCAAGACUCUGAUUUCCUCGGCGUCCCAAGUCCAAAACUUGAGCGUUCUAUUCUUUUACGCUCCCGAGGCUGAAUCUCAAUUGGAAUCUCUUUCUUCCGAACUCAUGACAGCCAAUCCCAGUGCUUCUCUCGUCCUUGUUCCUCAAGCGUCGGUCGAAGAAGAUCCCAAUGAAGAUCCAUUGGAAGCCGACUUUAAACCAACCCCCAUCAUGUAUUAUUACGAACAAGGCAAGGGCGAGGCAUUGAUUCCAGAAGAAGAAAAAGUAACAAAAACACCCAAAGCAGCCGUCGAGGAAGAAGAAAAGAAAGCUUCCGUCGUGAUGGAACCCAAAUUGGUGCACGAUGCCGAAUUUACCUUUGACGAGGCCAAUCGCCUGGCCAUUGAAUGUUUGCAAUUGCAAGCCGGUGCGGGCAAGACACUCAAGGUACAAUGCAUGGAGAAAAAGAGCAUGCUAGUCAUGAUGCAACUCGUCAGACAAGAAUCACCUGCCACGCAAAAUCUAUUUACCAAACUUGUGCUCGGUUUGCGCGAAGCGGGAUACGAACGUCCCCAAGAAAUUGCCUACAUGCUCGACAAGGGCGUCGAUCAUAUGAAGGAAGCCAUUACCAACUUUGGUGUGGCCAAUCCAGGUGCCGUCAAGGCUAUGAAAUCAACCGGGUCGGCUUCUACCGCGGAUGGGGAUGCCAUUCAAACCACCAAUGCGUGGUGGGAGGAUCCGGAAUUCCAAAAGUUGGUCAAGGAAUCCUCUCUUAAAACUGGAGAACUAGAAGCCGAAACAACAACAAAGUAA